UCCCAUAAACUCCCUUCUAAGGGGAGCUCUGAUCUAUCAGCUCCCUGUGGGCCUACAGGAUUCUUGCCUAAAGAUUUUCCAGAGUCUUCUCAAGUCUAAACCUGCAGACGUGAACCAGGUAACCCCAGGGACCACGCUCUCUUCACCAAUCUAAGGAUCCCGCCAGGCGGGACGAAACGUCAGAGAUCGCGCGAGAAGAGCGGCAGGCUACUAUGCCCUUUGGGAAACGUAGUCCAGAGUACGGCCCACACGUUAUUCCUCUCAGUAACUCCUCUGAGCGCGCCUGCAAGGACUACUCCAGUAACUCUCCCACGUCCAAAUAUAGUUUCACAACUGUUCGCCGAGACAGAGCGUAGCGUUGGAGUUGAGCCUCCCCUGCAACCCGGGCUCCCCACUCGCCUGCACCCUGACCGCAAGAGCCCUCCGACAGGACGCUGAAUUAGGCCGCAGUGCAUUCUGGGUGGGAUGAAGCGAUAGAGGAUUCUGUACCUGGUUUGAUACACUCGAGUCUGUCCUCUCUGCAGGGCGAUUUCACCCAGGCUUUCACAAACUGCUUGCUGGGUGCACUUUUGGGCGUUUCCGGUAGGCGACGCUGAAGAGUCCCCACAGCGGGAGGUUAUGUGUGAGGAGCAUAUUCCUGAGCUUUAUACCCUUUUAGCUUGCUUGAUGAAUAGCUCACAGGUGCUGGCUCCACAAGAAGAAAACAGACCUGUGAUAUGAGGACAAAGAAGCCUGAGGAACAAAAAUCAUGACGGAAACCUCCUAACCUGAGACUUACCUGAGUAGCUGGAGAAUCCUGGGAAAAAGUGGACCCCGGAGUUGCUGGACCCACAGACUAUCUUGACCAUUGUGCCCAGAGCUAGCAAGGUCUGAAUGUCAUCUCAGCCUUGGAUAUCAGCAGUAGUUGUCUGAGAAUGGACCAUUCGAUCCAGAUGAUGGAAAGGAGAGCUUGGUGUUUUCGGAACUCUGCCCUUUCUCAGGAAGAGGAGGAUGCAGCCAGAUUUCUUGAAACAGUAACAUUUAAAGAUGUGGCUGUGGACCUCACCCAGGAAGAAUGGCAACAAAUGAAACCUGCUGAAAGGAACUUGUACCGUGAUGUGAUGCUGGAGAACUACAGCAACCUAGUCACAGUAGGCUGUCAGGUUACCAAACCAGAUGUGAUCUUCAAGUUGGAACAAGAAGAGGAGCCAUGGGUGAUGGAGGAAGAAAUGUUUUGGAGGCACUCUCCAGUUUGGGAAGUUGAUGAACAGAUCAAGAAGCAACAGAAAACACUUGUGAGGAAAGGCACAUCCAUCUCCAAGAAAACUCUGAUUAAGGAAAAAGUCAUUGAAUGUAAAAAAGUUGGAAAACUAUUUCCUCUGAACUCAGACAUUAUUAAUCCAAGACAAAGCUUCUAUGAAUGUGACUCACUUGAUAAGGAUUUGGAACAAAAUUUAGACUUAUUUGGUUAUGAGAAAGGUUGUGUAAGAAAGAAAAAUUUUGAAUAUAAUGAGUUUGGGAAACCAUUUUACCAUUAUUCCUCUUAUGUCAUAACUUCCUUAAAGUGUAAUCGGUGUGGACAAGACUUCACUCAUAAAUUUGACCUCAUUAGGCAUGAGAAAAUUCAUGCUGGAGAAAAACCUUAUGACUGUAAAGAAUGUGGAAAAACCUUCAGCAGAAAAGAAAAUCUUAUUACACAUCAGAAAAUUCAUACUGGGGAAAAACCUUACAAGUGUAAUGAAUGUGGAAAAGCUUUCAUUCAAAUGUCAAAUCUCAUUAGACACCAAAGAAUUCAUACUGGGGAGAAACCUUAUGCGUGCAAGGAUUGUUGGAAAGCUUUCAGUCAGAAAUCAAAUCUCAUUGAACAUGAGAGGAUUCAUACUGGAGAAAAACCCUAUGAAUGUAAGGAAUGUGGUAAGUCCUUCAGCCAGAAGCAGAAUCUUAUUGAGCAUGAGAAAAUUCAUACUGGGGAGAAACCUUAUGCAUGUAAUGAGUGUGGUAGAGCUUUUUCUCGAAUGUCAUCUGUUACUCUACAUAUGAGAAGUCACACAGGGGAGAAGCCCUAUAAAUGUAAUAAAUGUGGAAAAGCUUUCUCCCAAUGCUCAGUAUUUAUUAUACAUAUGAGAAGUCAUACAGGUGAGAAACCUUAUGUAUGUAGUGAAUGUGGGAAAGCCUUCUCUCAAAGUUCAUCUCUUACUGUACAUAUGAGAAAUCAUACAGCUGAGAAACCCUAUGAAUGUAAUGAAUGUGGAAAAGCUUUCAGCCGGAAGGAAAAUCUUAUUACACAUCAGAAAAUUCAUACAGGAGAAAAACCUUAUGAAUGCCAUGACUGUGGGAAAGCUUUUAUUCAGAUGUCAAACCUCAUCAGACACCAGCGGAUUCAUACUGGUGAAAAACCCUAUACCUGUACGGUAUGUGGAAAAGCCUUUAGCCAGAAAUCAAAUCUUACUGAACAUGAGAAAAUUCAUACUGGAGAAAAACCGUAUCAUUGUAAUCAGUGUGGAAAAGCCUUCAGUCAGAGACAGAAUCUUCUUGAACAUGAAAAAAUCCAUACUGGCGAAAAACCAUUUAAAUGUAAUGAAUGUAGUAAAGCUUUCUCUCGAAUCUCAUCCCUUACUCUGCAUGUAAGAAGUCACACAGGGGAGAAACCCUACGAAUGUAAUAAGUGUGGAAAAGCCUUCUCUCAAUGCUCAUUACUUAUUAUACAUAUGAGAAGCCAUACUGGUGAGAAACCUUUUGAAUGUAAUGAGUGUGGAAAAGCAUUUUCUCAAAGAGCAUCCCUUUCUAUACAUAAGAGGAGUCAUACAGGUGAGAAACACCAUGUGUACUAAAUGAAGGCAGGCCUUCUGUUGUAUAUUCAACCUAUGAUUUACUGAAAACAUCGUGAUGUAAGCUCAAAAAAACAUUGAAUAAGAUUGUUUUGGAAAACCAGUAAAACUUUGUUGGGCAUGUGUAUGUAAGACUUGAGUAAAUAAACUAUAUAUAUUAAUGGUAAACCCAAUAUCAUAAAAUUGUCCAUUCUCAAAAAAACUAUAGGUUGAAUGCAUUUCCACGUGAUCAGCCUCAAUUUUCUAGGGUCUUUCCAAAGUAUUCUAAAAUUCAUGUGAAACAAGUCUAUGGAUUGCUGAGAAUUUUGAAAAACAACAAAGGGGUCACCUUUAGUGUAUACUAUCCAUAUAGUUACAGUCAUUAAAAAGUGUAUAGUAUUAGUGCAUUAUAUAGGGUUAACAUUUUUAAAGGAUAAAGUUUUAAAUAACAGACCCGUGAGUAUAUGUGAAUUUGUUAUAUGUUAAAUGUGCCAUUUUAAGUUAGUAGGAAGUGAUGGCCUAAUAAAUAACAAUUUGUAGAAUAUUUUACUAUAUCCAGGGAAAUAAAAGUAUGUAUGAUCCUACAAUUAUAAAGAAAUGAUACUCCAAAGAAUUUUAACACUGAAAUAUGACAAGUCAAUGCCCGAAACCACUGGGGAAAGUCACAGGUUAUUCUCUAUAGAAAUUCACAAAUAAUGUUUAAGAUAGAUAGGUGCAUGCAUACAUACAUACAUAUAUACAUACUAGACAUUCAUCAGUGGUUUAAUGGAUGAGUAAUGUGUGAUAUAUUCAAAUGAUGGAAUUGUGAACCUCAGUUAAAAACAACUAGAUCCAAGUUGUAUACUGAAGAUAGUUAUCUAAAAGUGUUGAGUGAAAAAAUAGAUACAGAUGAAACAUAUAAUAUUCAUGUAAGUUGGAAUGAAAUCAUUUACAAAAAACAAAAGUUUUUAUUAUUGAAAUAUCUGUGUAUGCAAGACUAAAAUGAGUUAGAAAGAUACAUGCCUCAUUAUUAAUUGAGUUGUCUCUGGAAGGAAGGGAGUUGGGGAUGUUAAUUAAGGGUGACCUUUAGCUUUACAUGUAUUUUUUACACCUGUAAAAGACUGGCAGCAUAUAAAAUAAUUCCUAAAAGUUACUGAUAACACAGUGGUAAUAUGAUUGGGUUGUCUUAAUAGUGUUUUUGUAGUAACUUCUCAGAAUUAACAGGUCAAGGGAAGCCCAUAUUCAUAGAAAGAAAUGUUAUAAUGGAUUCUUAUGUUCUAUCGGAUGCUGAACUAUUUUAUUAAAAUUAUUUCCAGAAGAUUCAUAGUUUGAAUAUUGCUCAUGAUAUAUGAAGUUAGCAUGUUUUAUUAAUUCCAUGAAUUGUUUACAUUUUUACAUUUAAUUAUUAAAUUUUGAAAAUCAGACAUCAGUAUAACAAAUGAAGUGUGUUUGCAUUUAUUAUUGUAGGGCCUAAUGAUCUGUUCAUGGUCCCUGCCCUUUUAGUGUGUCUAUUACUUAACAACAGACUUGUUAGGUUAAUAGCUAACUACUUAGUCAUGUGUUUAGAGUUAUUGUGAAAUGAAUAAGACUUUCCUGAGAGGUGGACUUUGCAGUGUUAGUGUUCUUAGCCUAUAAGUUUCCAUACAAGAGCAUAAACAAUAAUGACACAGUUAAUUAUUUCCUUGAAGCAGUCAUAAGUAAUUUUGUAAAAUUGCUUAUUCAUAACAUAUAGAACCAUAUUGCCACUCCCACAAUUCUUGACUUAUAUAUUGUCUGUAGUUUGGUUGGAAGCAAUGAUCUCAGAUUCUGAACAAUAAUUAAUAACAUUCCUCCAAAAGGAUCUUAUUCUCUAUAACAUAUUUAAGCCUACCCUAAGAUACAAAGAUUGAGGAUGGUAGAUUAAGUAAAACUUUUAACUUUUAUUUACAAGUAUCGGUUGCAUUUGUUUGAAGUUUAUUUUAUAAAAAUAAAUCUGCAAAU